AUGCUUCGUCAACUCCGCCAGCCUCUGCUUGCCGCCCGCCGCGCGUGCAUCGCGACCGACGGUGCUCUCACCCGCUCCAUGUCGUCGAGCAGCGAGCUGGAUCUGUUCACGCCGACGGAGGAGCAUGGCGCCCUGCGUGAAAUGCUGGCCGGGUUUGUGAAGACGAAGGUGGAGCCCCAGGCGCUGGAGCACGACCGCGCAGAGAAGUUCAACGUUAAGUUGUUCCGAGAGCUGGGAGAAUUGGGCCUGCUUGGCAUUACGGCGCCCGAAAAGUAUGGUGGAUCGGAGAUGGAUGCACUGGCUGCCGUGAUCGCGCACGAGGAGCUCUCGUCCAGCGACCCGGCCUUCUGCCUGUCGUUCUUGGCGCACUCGAUGCUGUUCGUGAACAACGUGGCGCGCAAUGCUUCGGACGCGCAGUGCCAGAAGUACCUCCCUGACGCCUGCUCGGGCGCCAAGAUCUGCGGCAUGGCUAUGAGCGAGCCCUCCGUCGGCACUGAUGUGCUGGGCAUGCGCACAACAGCGAAGAAGUCUGAGUGUGGCAAGUAUUAUGUGCUGAACGGAACUAAAAUGUGGAUUACGAACGGCGCCCUAAAUGACACGGAGCUGGGCGACACCUUCUUGGUGUAUGCGCGCACUGGCAACACGGGGAAGGCGAAGCAAGACUUUUCGUCGUUCCUCGUGGAGAAGGGUUUCGAGGGCUUCUCUCUGGGCCAACGUAUCAAGGACAAGUGCGGCAUGCGCGCCUCCAACACGGCCGAGCUGGUGUUCGAGAACUGCAAGGUGCCGGUCGAGAACAUCGUGGGAUCCGAGGGAAGUGCCGUGCUCUGCAUGAUGCGCAACCUCGAGAUCGAGCGUGUGACGCUGGCGGCCAUGAGUCUGGGCAUCGCACGGCGCUCGCUGGAGGUCAUGAGCAACUACGCCAAGGAGCGCGAAGCCUUCGGCCGACCGCUGAACAAUUUCGGGCAGAUCCAGAAGAACAUCGCCGAGUCAUACGCGGAAUACAUGGCCGGACGUGCGUAUGUGUACAACACGGCCAGGAAGCUGAAGCUAGACUCGGUGGGCAACCGAGUGGACACGGACGGCGUGAAGCUCUACUGCGGCGACAUGGCGAAGCGCGUCGCGGACCGCGCCAUUCAGACGCUGGGCGGCUACGGAUACGUGGGCGAGUACAACGUCGAGCGCCUCUGGCGCGACUCGAAGCUGCUGGAGAUCGGCGGCGGCACCAACGAGUCCCACCACAAGAACAUGGUGCAGGACCUCGUGCGGAACCCGUCGUUCUGAGCACGACGUUACGAGAGUGAGUCGCCGCACACAUGCAGUGCGAGCUCGUGCUAGUGGCAGUGAGUCAGCCUCAGCAAAUGAAAAUCGCUAAUAAAGCAGUGAGU